AUGGCGUCGGAGAAGAAACUGUCAAACCCGAUGAGGGAGAUCAAGGUCCAGAAGCUGGUCCUCAACAUCUCCGUCGGCGAAAGUGGUGACCGUCUCACGAGGGCUGCAAAGGUAUUGGAGCAACUCAGUGGGCAAACGCCCGUUUUCUCGAAAGCAAGGUACACUGUACGGUCCUUUGGGAUCAGACGGAAUGAAAAGAUUGCUUGUUAUGUCACUGUCAGAGGCGACAAGGCAAUGCAGCUUCUCGAAAGCGGGCUGAAGGUCAAGGAAUACGAAUUGCUCAGAAGGAACUUUAGCGACACUGGAUGCUUUGGGUUUGGCAUUCAGGAGCACAUUGAUCUCGGGAUAAAGUACGACCCAUCAACUGGCAUCUACGGUAUGGAUUUCUAUGUUGUCUUAGAGAGGCCCGGUUAUCGUGUGGGCCGCCGGCGCAGGUGCAAGUCGCGUGUCGGAAUUCAGCACAGGGUGACAAAGGAAGAUUCCAUGAAGUGGUUUCAAGUGAAAUACGAAGGUGUCAUUCUCAACAAGGCAUCUAACAUUGGAGCUUAA